AAAAAAUAUUCAAUGUGACAACUAUUUUUAUUUUUAUUUGUUAUACGUAGGCUAAGUUUAAAUUUAAAUAGCUUAGACAAUUAGUUCUUAAGGUUAGGAAAUGUUACGUUUCUUUUCUGCUCUGAGCGCUGUGUAUGGUUAACAGAUGAAUCAAAAACUAAAAUUUAUUUCAUUCUGAUGUCUCAAAACAAUGUGUUUUUCUUUACUUACCCUUGAGAAAACCAUCCAAUAUGAUAAACAAAUACCUACUCUUUAUGAUGGUCUUGAUAAUACUGUCGAUAAAUCUGAACAUUAUUAUUAGUUAUUAUCUGCUACUUGUAUAAUAAACUGAAUUAUAACUUAACAGAUUAUGAGAAUGAAAGCUUAAUGGUACUCGACUGCACAUCUUAUAAUAAGAUUAAAAAAUGGGAAAACAAAACAGCAAGUUAAAGCCAGAGGUCUUGGAAGACCUAAGACAAAAUACUGAAUUUUCUGAUGCGGAGAUUCAAGAAUGGUAUAAAGGUUUUUUAAAGGAUUGUCCCGGUGGUAAUUUAAGUGUUGAAGAGUUUAAGAAAAUUUAUGGAAAUUUCUUUCCUUACGGUGAUGCGUCUAAAUUUGCAGAGCAUGUAUUUCGAACAUUUGAUGCCAACAGUGAUGGAACAAUAGAUUUCAGGGAAUUCCUUUGUGCUCUGUCAGUCACAUCGCGUGGAAAGUUGGAGCAGAAAUUGAAAUGGGCUUUCAGCAUGUACGACCUGGAUGGAAAUGGGUUCAUCUCACGACAAGAAAUGUUGGAAAUUGUUACGGCCAUUUAUAAGAUGGUAGGGACCGUAAUGAAAAUGCCGGAGGAUGAGUCGACGCCAGAGAAGAGGACAGACAAGAUUUUUAGGCAGAUGGACAAGAACAAUGAUGGCCGUCUAUCAUUGGAGGAGUUUAUUGAAGGUGCCAAAAGUGAUCCGUCUAUCGUUCGACUGUUGCAGUGUAAUCAUGCCGUCCAGUAGGGCUUAGCAAUGUGAAUUACACUGAAUUUGCCUGCCUUUUAACUAAAGUCACAUAAUGUUUGGACUUCUCUUUUUUUUGUCUUUAACUUUCGUUAAUUUUAAAUCCCUAAUGGAUUUCAUCUACAAAAAGCUUCAAUCAAACAUCAAUACGUGUGCUCUAAUUUUUAAUGCUUAUGAAGUUUUACAAUAUCUAAUAUACAUUUUUUUUUCCUAGACUUAUUAAUUUUUAAAAUCUGAAAAUUGCAUACUUUUUCAAUCAAUAACAAUACAUCACAGAUACAUGUGGCAUUAAGAAACACGUGUUGAUGAUUUAAGAUAAAACAAAUUUAUUGUUUUUACUGUGAUAUAAUAUUCUUAACAUUUUUCAAUUUUGAUCUUCUUUAUCAAUACAAUGUAUUAUUGUUGUAUUCGUUGGACGAGAAUAUUUUAUUAUCCUAUUAAAAUUUUUUUGUUUUCAUAAUAAUAAUAAUAUUUAAUUGUAAUUUGUGCUUGUACUAUUUAAAUCUAGAGAUGUGUGAUAAUUUUAUGACCAAGCCCCUUAAUUUACAUUUCAAUUUUAUAACUUCUCAGAAGUUUAUAUUUAUAUUCCUAAUGAUUUUUUUGAUUUUUAUUAAUCAAAGUAUUGAACUAUGUGUCAUAUUAUAAAAAAUAAAAGUAUAUAGAAAAAUAUAAAGUCGCACAUCUCUUCAUUUAUUUAUUUACAACCAUAAUCUUGCUACCACGGUGGUAUUUUGAUUUAAUAAUAUAUAAUUAUUGUUAUAUAUUUCCAAAAAUAACAAAAUUCAUGUAACCAACAAACACUUUUGUAGGGUUCCUAUAUCUAGUCUUUGUUUACUGUUCUAAUAUUAUCAUAGUAAAUACUGAAGAGUUGCCUAUAACCUUUAAAAUCAUUUUUUUUUUUUAAUGACCUUUUUUCCCAAAGGUUUGCCAAUUUUUUCAUUUAAAAGGGAGUAUAUAUUAACUUAUUGUUAUUUAAGAUUUAAUAGUUUAACUUGUAAUAUUGUUAAACCCCCCACCCCCAAAGUAAGAGGAUUGUGUUAUUGUUUGAGUUGUUAUUCGUUUCAAAAGUAUAUUUUUUUAACUUGGCUUGUGCCCGACUCUUAGAAAUGUGCCGUUGUAUAUAUACGUGCUCAUAUCUAUUUCCACAUCCUCGGUGCUAUUCAUGUUUGAUAGUAAACUUGUACGUAACACUUAAAAACCCUUCCAUUAUUUUGUUAAUUCUAAACCGCAACCAGACACAUACUUAUGUUAGUAUGAUUUAAAUUAAUAAUUAUCUAAUUUAAACAUAUUUUGUAUAUUUUUUUCUAAACUAUUGGCUUACGGUUUUGGUCUAUUUAUACAUAUUAUAUACUAAUCUUAAUAUGGUAGUCUUAAAUUGUUACAAUGUUGUUCAACUGUAUAAUUUUGUAUUGAAUAAUGUGUUAAAUGUGCAUGAAUAUCUUUGUGUUUAAACAUGUAUACCAAAAAAAAAAAUGAUUAUUUUCCGUCUCCAUUAGUGAAAUAAGUAAAAACAAAGAAAAUA